UCCCACGUCGCUCUGAGCCGCGCCCCUCUGCACCCCGACCGCCUCCACAGCACCCCGCGCCCCGCCGUCAGGCCCCACCCCCCAGCCCUGGGCCGCGCCCCACAUUCCUACCCGAGCCGCAGCACCCCGCCAGGAGGAACCCCCUCGAGCCGCCGCUCGUUGGGCUUGAAGCGCAGCGCGCCUAUUGGCCAGUGCGGCCGGGAGCGGGAAAAGCGGCCAACGGCCGCGCCGGCGCUCCGGCUGCUGAGGAGAUGGCGUCCGGCUCCGGUGCCUCGGCGCCGGCGGACUCAGUCGACACCAUCAGCCCCGGAAGGCGAGGCGGCGGGGCUGCUUCCGCCGUCCCCGCGGACACGGCGGCCGAGACCACACUGAAGAGCACCGCGGUCACGGUGCGGUCGGUGGUGGCCUCGCCUCGCCCGGUGAAGGGGAAAGCGGGCCGGGAGGCGGCCAGGUGGCGGCUCCAGCGCCUGCCGGCGGCGCAGGCCGCGGACCCGGGAGAGGCGGCCGAGGAGGAGGAGGAGGCCCUGCUGUCGGUGCCCGAGGACGAGGAGGAGGCGCAGCCCCUGCCCCCCAUCUGCGUGUCCCGCGUGAGGAGGAUGUGGCGGAAAGAGAAGGUGGCGCUGUACUGCGACCAAGUGCUGCAGGACUGUAAGGCAGAAGAUGCUGAUGAGGUGAUGGGCAAAUACCUAUCAGAAAAAUUAAAGCUGAAAGACAAAUGGCUUGGAGUGUGGAAGACUAAUCCCGAUGUAUUUUUUGUGAAAUAUGAAGAAGCUUCUAUCCCUUUUGUUGGAAUACUGGUUGAGGUAACUUGUGAACCGUACCAAGACUCAUCAGCUCGUUUCAAAGUUACUGUUUCUGUCGCUGAGCCCCUUUCUUCUAACAUUGCAAAUAUUCCAAGGUAUUUGGUUGAUGAGAUUUUGGAGGAACUGGAACACAGUGUGCCUCUUUUGGAAGUGUAUCCUGUUGAGGGACAAGAUACUGACAUACAUGAUAUUGCUUUGGCCUUGGAAGUUGUCAGGUUUUUUUAUGACUUUCUUUGGAGAGACUGGGAUGAUGAAGAAAGUUGUGAGAAUUAUACUGCACUUAUUGAAGAAAGAAUUAAUUUGUGGUGUGAUAUGCAGGAUGGAACAAUACCUGGUCCUGUUGCACAACGUUUUAAAAAAACUUUGGAGAAGUAUAAAAACAAACGUGUCGAGCUCAUUGAGUAUCAAAGCAAUAUUAAAGAAGAUCCAUCUGCAGCAGAGGCUGUUGAAUGCUGGAAAAAAUACUAUGAGAUAGCCAUGCUCUGUGGAUUAUUGAAAAUGUGGGAAGAUUUACGCCUCCGAGUUCAUGGACCUUUCUUUCCAAGAAUUCUGAGGCGUAGGAAAGGAAAAAGAGAAUUUGGAAAGACUAUAACACAUAUCGUAGUGAAAGUGAUGACUACUGAAAUGGUAAAGGAUUUAUCUUCGGACACACUUCUCCAACAGCAUGAUGAUUUGGAUUUGGCUUUGGAUAAUUGUUAUAGUGGAGAUACAGUAAUAAUUUUUCCAGGAGUCUAUCAAGCUGCAAAUCUUGCUUUGUUGACAGAUGACAUCAUUAUAAAGGGAGUUGGAAAGAGAGAGGAAAUUAUGAUUACUUCUGAACCUUCUCAUGACAGUUUUGUGGUGUCCAAAGCUGACAAUGUGAAACUAAUGCAUCUAUCUUUGAUACAACAAGGGACGGUUGAUGGUAUCGUGGUGGUGGAGUCUGGUCACAUGACUCUAGAAAACUGCAUAUUAAAAUGUGAAGGAACAGGAGUGUGUGUUCUUACAGGGGCUGCUUUGACAAUUACAGACAGUGAAAUAACUGGUGCCCAGGGUGCUGGUGUUGAACUGUAUCCUGGAAGCAUAGCCGUUUUGGAAAGAAAUGAAAUUCAUCACUGUAAUAACCUCAGAACCAGUGACAGUUCAAAAAGCACCUUAGGUGGAGUUAAUAUGAAGGUUCUUCCAGCACCCAAAUUGAAGAUGACUAGUAAUCAUAUUUAUAGCAACAAAGGCUAUGGAGUAAGCAUUCUUCAGCCAACAGAACAGUUUUUUAUUAUAGCAGAAGAAGCUCUCAACAAAAGGGCUGCUUCAGGAGAUAAAAAAGAUGAUAAAAUGCUCUUCAAAGUAAUGCAAAACCUGAAUCUGGAAAUGAAUAAUAAUAAGAUAGAAGCAAAUGUAAAGGGGGAUAUCAGAAUAGGCACAAGUUAAAGCAUCUGGAUUGACACUAAAAGUUUUAUAUUUCAGAAAUAUGUUUAAUAAAUGAUUCUCAUAUCCCAUUGAAAUGGUAGUUUCAAUUCAAUUUAAAGCUUAAUUAAAAAUAUUUAAAUA